AAUGACAGAGCCUGGACACUGCCAACCGGCCCAAACGCGUGAACACGACUAUCGUGCGGGGCAGCAGAGCACCCAGAGACGCCUCCAUCAACGGCCUGCUGGAGGAGUUCGACAGCAUCUCGGUGUCACGCUCCAACUCUUUGCGCAGGGAAAGUCCGGCGGCAGCGGCAGCAGCGGCGGGCAGCAGAGCGCAGAACGGCUUUGGGCAGUAUGGCCGCUACUCCUGCGAUCUGGACAGUGGAGUGUGUGUGGAGGCGGAGUGGCAGCGCUCCUCACUGCGGCAAAACGGACACCCCGGCCUCGGCCCCGGCCCCAUCCGUAGCCCCUUCUACCCCGACGCCAUGCCGCAGAAGGCCUCGGAGUGGGCCAGGCUGCCGCCGGAUUACCAUGCGUACCUGGAGAGCCGGACACAGCUCUGCGGGGAGGGGCCGGUGGGCCGGCGGGACUACCGCGCAUCUUUGGGCGGCUCCAGCCUGGACUACAGGGACGCUCCGCUGGGCACGCCGUCCCGCCUGUCACUCCGCAGCGAUCACACCAGCUGUCCAGAUGCAGACUGGGGCUUCGGUGAGCUCCACAAGCGGCCCAAAUCUUCCUACGGCAGCCACGGCAGUCCUCAGCCGGCGCUCCGGCAGCGCUCACGGUCCGGCUCGGGUCUGCAGGAGCCCAGCAGCAGCAGCGGCAGCAGCGGCGCUCCCUACAGCAUCAGUGCGCUCUCUGCAGCACCACCGCAGGGCUCCUACAGCUCUUACACCUACCCCAGACUCUCCGAAAACACCUCCGCUAUGAUCAUCGGCAAGGCGGAGUACGAGCGAGUGUGUCGUGAUGGCAGUCCUCAGGCAGUGUGUGAGCCGUAUCCGCGUGUGCCGCUGAAGCUCCCGCACAGUAAAGCUCUGUACCCGCCGGUGCUGCAGUACCCGCCGCUGCUGUGCCAGCCAUCCCCGUACCAGCACCCGCCAUCACAGCCCAGCCCGCCCUACACUCCGGCGGGCGCACAUGCACACUCACACACGCACUCACAGCCGUCCUCGCCCUACGUCCCGCCCGGGGCCUACCCUCCGCCCAGCUGGGGCUCGCCCGCGGAGCAGCCCCCCCCUCGGGUAUCCCAUGAGCAGUUUCGGGCGGCGCUGCAGCUGGUGGUGGAACCCGGGGACCCGCGCCAGGGCCUGGACAGCUUCCUGAAGAUCGGCGAGGGCUCCACGGGCAUCGUCUGCAUCGCCACCGAGAAGCACAGCGGCAAACAGGUGGCGGUCAAGAAGAUGGACCUGCGGAAACAGCAGCGGCGCGAGCUCCUGUUCAACGAGGUGGUCAUCAUGAGGGAUUACCAUCAUGAGAAUGUGGUGGACAUGUACAACAGCUACCUGGUGGGAGACGAGCUCUGGGUCGUCAUGGAGUUCCUGGAGGGCGGAGCUUUGACUGACAUCGUCACGCACACCAGGAUGAAUGAGGAACAGAUCGCCACCGUGUGUCUGUCAGUCUUGAAGGCGCUCUCAUAUCUGCACACUCAGGGCGUCAUUCACAGAGAUAUCAAGAGUGACUCCAUCCUACUGACCAGUGACGGACGGAUCAAACUUUCUGACUUCGGCUUCUGUGCUCAAGUGUCUAAAGAGGUUCCCAAGAGGAAGUCCUUAGUGGGGACGCCGUACUGGAUGGCUCCGGAGGUCAUCUCCAGGUUACCCUAUGGCACUGAGGUGGACAUCUGGUCUCUGGGCAUCAUGGUGAUAGAGAUGGUGGAUGGAGAACCACCGUACUUCAACGAGCCGCCACUGCAGGCCAUGCGAAGAAUACGAGACAACCUGCCACCCAGACUCAAGGAGUCUCACAAGGUGUCGUCGGUGUUGCGGGCGUUCCUGGAGCUGAUGCUGGUGCGAGAGCCGUCCCAGCGGGCGUCAGCACUGGAGCUCCUGCAGAACCCCUUCCUGAAGCUGGCAGGACCCCCGGCCUGCAUUGUCCCACUGAUGCGGCACUACCGGCCCCGCUGACACACACACGCACAUGCGCGCACACACACACACUCACUCAUACUUACACACUCACCCUGUAUUCUAGCUGUGCUGUAAGUGGCCUGUACAGUUUUGAUAAGCUCCAGUAUUUUGUGGUGGUGUUCUCCAUGGUCAGACAGGCACACACACACACACACACACACACACACACACACACACACACACACAAACACACACACACACACACAAACACACACACACACACACACAAACACACACACACACACAGUUCAUUUGACUGAAGCGUUUCUGUAUUUAUACACAUUACUGUCUUUAUUUUGGGUGAAGCAGACUGAAUCAGCGAUGUUUAACUCCAGAGGACAUGAGCUGAGCUGAAGCAGGACAAUACUGACACUAUACACUGUCAGAAGAUCUGCUCAUCAGCAGCUGCUGUGUGUAUUAACGGUGGUGCACUGCAUUAUGGGGUGUUGAUCUCUGCUCUGUCCACUUCUGCUGUUGAUAAUUCACCGCUACUCUUGAACAGAGUGACUUUACUGAGGUUUGAGAUGACAUCAGAGCUCAUAUGUAGAGGAAUGCGUCUGUAGAAGAGUCAAUGAGCUGCAGUUUACUACAGGAGUGCUGGAGCGUAAUAUACAACACCAACACACACACACAAUACAGCACUGCACACUAUUACACACGUGCAGAACACACACUAUGCAGCUGAUCAGGGUUAAAGACGCUGCAGGAGAGAUCAACAUCCCAUAAUGCAGUGCAGCAGCAGAGAUACGGACACGGCUGCUGUGGAGAUCUGCACAGCGCUUUGAUGAAUCCAGAGUUUGUUUUGUAUCACAUGUUUAUAAACUGCCUCAGAUGCUAAUAAAGGCUUUGGUUUUGAA